CGCCAGGCGGACGCGCAGUACGAUUCAGCAGUCAGUCCUGCUUGAAGCAUCCUUCCCACCGGCCCCCGCCACAAGCAAGCCGCCAGCCCUCUGAGCAUUAGAUCCCCCCUCCCCCACGUCGGGCGAUGCCUUGCGUCACGUCACGUCACGACACGCACGACACGACACGACACUACGCUGCCUCUCCUGUGGCGUGUUCCUGACCCUGUCGCGUUGCCCGCCGGGCUCCUGUGGUUGACACUGGUCCUUUAGCCAGGGCGCAUCCUUGCGCUGGGGGGGUUCCAGGAGAAAUUUGUGGUGCAGCGUUUUCUCGCUUUUUUUUUCAUGUUGCCUAUUUCUGAUUUCCCGCACACCUACUGUUACCUACUAUCCACCCCCUAGGCUGGGCUGGGCUGGGCUGGGCUGGCCACUGGGGCGUCCGCAAGCCAGUGGUCCCGCCCCCCCAAAUACCGUGCCGCUGCCCUGUCCCGGCGGUUCUCUGGGUCCUCCCCACCGGCUGGCGCCCCCCAAAAGUUGCGUCCAUGGCGCCGAUCCCAAGACGGGCGGCGGUACCCUUGGUUUGGCCCCGACACCCAGCAGGUCCAUAUUUCGCCUUUUGCAAACCUCCAAAGCAGAGCAGAACAUUGCGCCACGGCCACGACCUGCCUGCAGUCUCAUUUCCUUUCCUUGUUCCCCAGAGCGGUUUGGCUUGGUCAUGACACGCCCGAUCCCAUUACGACGCGACUAACAAAGCUACCUGUGUAUUUGAAGAUCGCGCACGCUUCGGCCACUCUGCGCCCUGUUCGUUGGGAGGCUCCCGACUCCCGAUAGAGAACAAUCCAGUCCCGCUGAUUUCCUGCCUCCGUGACUUUGAGACAACGGUUUGACCGUCUCCGCGUCCCAACUGAGCAGCCAUCAGACCCGGAGGCACGCGGCGUUGGGUUAUGGAUCUUACGAACAUGCUGAAUAAGAAAGGCGGUUCAGUCUCGCAGCAGCAACUUCCCGAGACCCAAGACGACUAUCAACUUCACCAACUUCCCUUCGUCAAGCAAGAGCCCGAAAUGGAGCGUUCCGUCUCACCUCACAUGUCAGAACACUCGUCGUACUCGACGCCGCACAGCCUGUCGCGCUCGUACGGCUCACCAUCAGCUAUGCAAGCGUCCAUGCACAUGCCGACGUCGAUGGCCAACGCCAUGACGAUGUCUGCGUACCCGGAGAUGUCUGGAGGCAUGGCCGGUGUCUCGAGCCUGGCCAUGCACCAGAUGGGUCAUCCUAACCAGCCGCCGCCUCCGCCUGUCAAGGCCUACCCAUGUAGCACAUGUGGCAAGGGCUUCGCACGACGGAGCGACCUAGCGCGUCACGAGCGAAUUCAUACGGGAGUCCGACCUCACGUCUGCGACCACCCAGGCUGCGGCAAGAUGUUCAUCCAGCGAUCAGCCCUGACCGUUCACCAACGCGUCCACACUGGCGAGAAGCCACACCACUGCGAAACCUGCGCGAAGCCGUUCAGCGACAGCAGCUCUCUGGCUCGGCAUCGGCGAACACACUCUGGAAAGCGGCCGUACAAGUGCCCCUACGCCGAUUGCCAAAAGACGUUUACUCGUCGCACCACGCUCACCCGCCACCAAAACCACCACAGCGGCACAAUCGAGGAAGCCGCCGCGGCAACUGCGGCCGCCCUGGCAGCGUCCAAAGCCAAGCAUGUGUCGCAGGCUCGGUCCGACGGCGACCACCUUUCCAACCAUGGCUCGCCCAUGACGACGCCCUCUCCCGCGCAUAGGCCAAUGUCCAUGUCGCCAAGCUUGGACAUGUCCGGGUCUGGGGGAAUGAAUCGCCAUCCCGGCGACUUCUCGCAGUACAUGCAGCAGAAUGGGCCGCUGCCGCCUCACCUGCGCGUCGGCAGCCCUGGGUCAGGGGCUCCUGCCGGAGCCUACAACACCAACGGGAUGCGUCCGACCUCGCACCCAACCGGCUACGGACCGCCGCCGACCUUGGAGCCUAGCCUGGAGCAACAUCAGGCAGCGAACGGGAGCAACGGCGGCAGCCCUCACAUGUCGAACGUGGGAUGGCAGCCCUCGUCGCACGUGCCGUCGCCGUCACACAACGCUGCCAACUACGUUUAUCCGGAGCCGGACAACUACCCGCAGAACGCGGCCAUGGGCCAGAUGUACUACGGCGCACCACACCACCACCAGCUACGCCGGCCGCAGGGCGCGGACUCUGGCUUGGUACACAUGGCUUAGUCGGGCAUGUUGGCAUUGGCAGACGACGACGAUGACGAUGGGGAUGACGACGAAAACGACGACGAAGCCGCCACCUGCCGACUCUCAGGGGCUUAAAUUAGCCGGCUGAUACCCCCGUGUCUUUUCUGCGACAAGCCUGUUAGAAGCGAGCAAUAAUGAGGCCCUGGAUCGGGGGCAUACCUGCGGCGGCUGCGGUAAUGGACGGGAGAGCGCGAGGCGUUGCGCAUAUCCCAUUGGCAGUCUCGGCAACAAUACUUUGCCAGAUGCCUACGUGGCACGCCGAGAUGGACGGCGGUCCAUCGCCAGCCCCGAUCUACAGGCGAAAACAUGUGGUGUCUUUUUGAUUUUGGUAUUCGUCUUCCCGUUUGUCUUUUUGCUGCGGAUUUUCUCCUUGUUUUCGCCGAGUGGCUUUCCUUUGUUGAGACCGAUCAUAGACAGGCGAUGCGGAGACCUGACGACUACGAAGCAUUUAUUCUGACUUUCCAUUUUCCUACUGCGAGGAGCUGGUUGACGGCUAGAAGGAGUUUGCUGGGACGAUGCAUGGGCGCCCGGGGCCUGGGCAUGAAAGCAAGGGAUGCCUCUCGCGAACGGGGUAAUCGUGCUCGGGACGGGCAAAUGGACAAGACUCGCGGCUCGAUUCGCCGCGGAAGUGUAGAAGGGGACUGCGAGACGAGGCGAGGGGCGUGGACAUGGUUCGGACGCAUGGCCGCUGGCAGGGUUCGUGGGGAUAGACGCAAGGGCAAGCCAGUUGCCCGGCGACACUCUGUCAUUUAUUGAGCACGGGACAAGGGAA